AUGACGGGCUGCUGUCUCAAUAAUCGCGCAGAAGAGGCAUUGGUCUUGUUCGAUGAAAUGCUAAAAACAGGGGUUAGAGAUCACGGACAGGACAGUCGUCGCUCUGAUCUCUGCCUGUUUUCAGAUCGGCAAUCUGGCCUUGGGCAGCACAACACAUGCUUACGUAUACAAAAACUGUCACGCAUCACGAAGAUUAUGUGUUCCAUCGGCACUGGAUUAGCGGACAUGCAUUCCAAAUGCAGAUGCCUUGCCAGUGCCCUGAAAGUGUUCGACAAUAUGAGGGACAGAAACGUGUUGACAUGGAGCGACUUGGUAGCAGGGUUCGCGAACCACGACGAAGGCAAGGCGGCGUUGAAGCUGCUUGAAGAGAUGGUGAAGGAAGCCCUAUGA